GUCUGUGAAAUCGAUCCAGGUUAAGGAUGUCAAGAGCUACAUACAUAAUCGGUGCCCUUGCGGGAUCUGCGGUAGUAGCUUACGUGUGUACUACACCGGGAACUAUUACUAACAAGGAAUGGUGGGCUGCGACUGAAGAGAAAUUCCAAGCAUGGCCAAGAGUUGCUGGUCCUCCCGUCGUGAUGAACCCUAUCAGUCGCCAGAAUUUCAUCGUCAAGUCACGUCCUGAAUAACUUUUGAGAGAGUGCUUUUGCUUCUGGUGCAUCAUUCUCAUUCGUUAUGGAUUCAUUACAAAUAUUUGCUCUUUUGUGUUUGAUUUGAGGAUCGGCUAAUUGCUCUAGCUGGUUAUAGUAAUAAUUUGUGUUGAUGGAU